CGGCAACAUUCGUCUUCUACCUUCACCGCCACCAUGAACAUCAUCGAGACGCUCUUUGGUCGUACUGUCACACCUGCUGAACGACUGCGCCAGCAUCAGCGCGCUCUCGCCAAAGCACAGCGCGAGCUCGACCGAGAGCGCACCAAGCUGGAGCAAAGCGAGAAGAAACUGAUUAUGGAUAUCAAGAAGAGCGCAAAGGCGGGGCAAAUGAAUGCUUGCAAAGUGAUGGCCAAGGACCUCGUUAGGACCCGUCGGUAUACUCACAAAUUCUACCAAAUGCGCACUCAGCUCCAGGCCGUCAGCCUCCGAAUACAGACGCUGCGAAGCAAUGAACAGAUGGCAAGCGCGAUGAGGGGUGCCACUCGCGCAAUGGCUUCCAUGAAUCGUGGCCUUAAUCUACCAGCUAUCCAGCGAAUCAUGAAUGAGUUCGAGAAGGAGAGUUCAAUGAUGGACAUGAAGGAGGAGAUGAUGUCCGAUGCGGUCGACGACGUGAUGGAUGACGAGGCCGAAGAUGAAGAAGAGGAGGGCGACAAGAUCCUGAAAGAAGUAUUGGACGAGAUCGGUGUCAAUCUGUCGCAGCAGCUCACUGACGCUCCCACCGGUAUCGCUGUAUCAACUCCCAUUGCGAAUAAGCAGCCAGUGGCAUUGGGAGAAUCUGGCGUAGCGCCAACACGAAACAACGACAGCAGCAAUACCGGUGGUGAUGUCUCUGGCGGUGGAGUGUCUGAUGAGGAUGCCCUACAAGCACGCCUAGAUGCUUUGCGACGAGGCUAGGUACCAGACGUAAACUAUUGAUCCCAUUCUGUAUAUUAUUGGCCUGCCCAUAUGGGUGUAUACUGUAGUAGUAGUAGUACGAAAUCCUAUACCUUCAGAGAAACAAUGGCACGAGCUUCUUGCGCAGUUAGUUUCCAAGAUAUACCAGACCCAUUGUAGAAUUCGUCCACAUCUUCUU